CGGCCCACUGAAUCUAAUCAGGGAUCCACCAGCCCGCAGCGUCAUCGGCAUCGCAACAUCUCGAGUCUUUCGAUCGCAUCGCCGGUUCCUCCAUAGCCCUCCAAGAUCCUCAACAUGGCGGUUGGUAUGAUCAAGAGUUCCGUGUCGAGUGGGUCGUCAUCGUUCGUGCGCCGCGCCACCAUCGACACCAAUCAGUUCGACGACCUCGUGCUCGCCCUGAAGGAUGCCCUCGGCCCCAGCUCCGGCCUGACAUCGGACGAUGUCGACGUCGACCACCUGACCCGGUUGAUGCGUGACUAUGACUCGAGUCCGCGGGAGUGGUCGAGGUUUGCCAUGGGCGACGAGAGCCGGGCGUACACAAGGAACCUGGUCGACGAAGGGAAUGGGAAGAGCAACCUGUUGGUCCUUGUUUGGUCUCCCGGCAAGGGUAGCCCGAUCCACGACCACGGCAACGCCCACUGCCUGAUGAAGAUCCUCCACGGUGAUUUGACAGAAACGAGAUAUGACUUCCCGGAGGGGGAAGCAGAGAAGCCGAUGCAGGUGAUCUCGGAGAAAGUACACAAGGAGAACGAGGUGGCGUACAUGGCGGAUGAGCUGGGCGUCCACCGUGUCUCGAACCAGGGCAGCGGCUUCGCUGUGUCCCUGCAUUUGUAUACUCCGCCCAACGUUGCUAAGGGGGGAUGUCACAUCUUCAAUGUUGACACGGGGAAGAAGAGCCAUGUCAAGAACUGCGGGUACUUUUCCGCGUACGGGAAGAAGUUGUGAGGGACUGAAGGGGAAGAAGAGAGGUUUGGGUUUUGCGAUGCGAGCAACUUUGCCAGCGGAGUUUGUGGUUGGGAUGGGAAAUGAGGUUGAG